AUGAAGGGUGAAAGCGCGGAAGAACUGAACCGCAUACUUGCCGCCGUAACCGCUGCCGUGAACGCUCAGGAGAGCAUCGACCGGCCUAUUCAAGCUCAUGGGAUGGACCUCCUAAACUACCUGGUCGUCGAGCUUUUCGAUCCGCGCACUAGGCUAGAGUGGGAGUCCUCCAAUGAUUCGAGCGAACCUGUGGAGUAUGAGACGUUAGUCGAGUUCAUGACCAAGCGCAUACUCACCUUGAACGCCGCCAAACCGCGAUCCGCCGUGAAAGCCUCGCCAGACGCGCCGCGCACCGCCAAAAGUCAUCACACCAAACGCGAGACGGAACCUCGAGCCUGCGAUCUGUGCAAGGGCAAGCACUCCCUUUGGCAGUGUCCGGAUUUGAAGGCCAAGUCCGCCACUGAGCGCAAGGAGUUCGUCACGUCCGAGCGACUCUGCUGGAACUGCCUCGGGCGUCACGCGGUUGCCAAGUGUCAGUCCUCGCGCAACUGCUUCUCCUGCGGAGCGCGACACCACACGCUCUUACACGACGCGAGCGUGUCCAGCAAGCCCGUUGAAGCGAGUUCCCUGACUUCCGCGCGUGGGGGCGAAUCUGGCGGGUCGAUCCUCCUGGCGACGGCACGUGUGCUCGCGGCCGACCGCAACGGUCUUCCGCACGCGGUGCGAGUAUUAAUCGAUCAGGGAUCGGAAGUGUCGAUCGUCUCUGAGGCACUCGCGCAAAGACUCCGCCUCCCGCGCUCGCGUACCUCGUUGUCGAUCCUCGGGAUCGGAGAAUCCAAGUCCGGGACGGCGCGAGGCAAGGUGUCCCUUCGGCUCACCGCCCAGACUACCGGCGUCAAUUUGGUCGUCGAAGCGUACGUCCUGCCGCGACUCACCCUGUAUCAGGGACCCGCCGUCAGCCACGAGGUUGACUGGCCUCACAUCCGCGAGCUCCCGCUAGCCGAUCCGCAGUUCGCCUCCAGAGAUCCGGUCGAGAUUCUACUCGGUGCCGAGGUGUGUGCGACCAUCUUCGAGAGUGGGCUCCGCAAGGGAGACCCCCACUCGCCACUCGCCCAGAAGACGAAGCUAGGCUGGAUCCUGUCCGGAGGCAGCGACCAGCCAACCGCCGUCAAGCACCGCCUGGUGAACCAGUGCUCCGUCGACCGUGAGCUGAGCGAUCUGGUGCAGCGUUUUUGGCUCCAGGAGCAGGAGCCAGUCAGCAAGGUGCCACUCACGACGGAGGAACAGAUGAGCGAAGCGUUCUUCGCUGAAUCUCACUCGCGCACAACGUCGGGCAGAUACAUGGUCCGACUGCCUUUCACAACGAAACCGCGCUCACUUGCCGGCACGAGGUUACCCGCUGAACGGCUGUUAACGGCCAUGGAACGCAAGGGCCGGAACGACUCCCGCUUUGGAUCUCUCUACAGAGAGUUCAUGCGGGAAUUCGCCGAACUGCAGCAUAUGGAGGUGGUGAGAGCUCCAUCCACGCAAUCCCCGGGGAGAUGCUAUCUUCCUCACCACGGGGUACUCAAGGAGGCAAGCGCGACGACGAAACUGAGGGUCGUCUUCAACGGCUCUCAGCGGACCGCAUCCGGGGAGUCCCUCAACGGCAGCCUGCACAUCGGAGCAAACCUCCUGCCCGCACUGUCUGAUGUUCUGCUGCGCUGGCGCCGGCAUCACUACGUCUUUAUGGCAGACAUUGAGAAGAUGUACCGCCAGAUCCUGAUCCACCCUGACGACCGGGAUUGGCAGCGCAUCCUCUGGCGCCCGACGCCCGACGAGGCGGUGCAGGAGUACCGCCUCAACACGGUGACGUACGGCCUGGCGUGUGCACCAUUCCUCGCCAUCAGGACGCUCCGUCAGUUGGCCGAGGACGAGGGACCGCAAUUCCCACUGGGCGCCGUCGCCUUGAGACGCGACACGUACGUGGACGACAUCGUCACCGGCGCCGACACCGCAGAGCUAGCCAACCGCAUGGCCCUCGAGCUCGAGGGACUGUGCACGGCGGGCGGGUUCCCGCUGAGGAAGUGGGCCACGAACUGCGAGGCCGUCCUCGCUGGGAUCCCGCAGGAGCACCGGCUCCUAACCCCCGCGCGAGGUUGGGAGGAGGACAGCCACAGCACCCUGGGCCUGCUGUGGUACCCCACUGACGACACCUUCUCCGUCUCACUUCACCCGCGCACAGUGCCCACAUUCACCAAGCGAACAGUCCUGGCGGAGACUGCCCGACUGUUCGACCCGCUGGGAUGGCUAACACCCGCCGUCAUCCGGGCAAAAAUCUAUAUUCAGUCCGCCUGGCUGCAGGGGCUGGGCUGGGACGACCCGCUACCCGCACCCGACGCUCGACUAUGGCGCGCGUUCGUCGAGGACCUUCCGAGUCUCGAGGACAUUCGAGUCGCACGAUGGCUGGAGGUCGACCGCCCGGGCGCCGCCGUCGAGCUGCACGGCUUCGCCGACGCGUCCGAACGAGCCUACGCCGCGGUGGUGUACCUCCGCAUCUCGCGACACGACCGCAUAUCUAUGCACUUACUCACCGCAAAAAGCAAGGUCGCUCCGGUGCGGCCGGUCUCGCUGCCCCGGUUGGAACUCGCCGCCGCAACUCUCCUGACCAAUCUCGCGCACCAUGUGCGCGAGGCUCUGAAUCUCGUUUCAGCUCCACUCGUCCUAUGGUCAGACUCCACCGUCACGCUGGACUGGAUUCACGGGCACGCUUCACGGUGGAAAACCUUCGUGGCCAACAGGGUGGCCCACAUCCAAGAGCGACUCCCGGAGGCUCGGUGGAUGCACGUCCCUGGGCGAGAAAAUCCCGCAGACUGCGCCUCCCGGGGGGUCUCGCCGACCGAGCUGGCCUCUCAUCCGCUCUGGUGGUCCGGCCCCCCUUGGUUGAGCCGCCCCUGCGACGCCUGGCCGGCUCGGAAAAUCCGUGACGGGCCCGACCGGAGCAUCCCCGAGAGCAGGACCGUAGCCGUUGCCACCGCACGCACCGUUUCCGAGCCGGAAACACUCCUCCGCUUCUCAUCCUGGACGUCGCUCCUCCGAGUCACCGCGUGGAUGAUGCGUUGGCGAUACCCUCGUCGCGGCCCUCUCGAACCGGACGAGCUGGACCGAGCGUCGCGUCACUGGAUCCGCACCACGCAAGGAGCCCAUUACCCCGCCGAAGUUGCAGCCGCAAAGGGAGGGCGCCCAAUGACGUCCACCAGCCCACUCCUCACCCUCGGGGUGUUCGUCGACGAGGCCAACAUCCUCAGAGUCGGCGGCAGGCUCAAGCACGCGAGUCUGCCGCGCGACGAGCGGCACCCCAUCGUGGUGCCACCCGCGUCACGGCUAGCGCUCCUGCUGGUCGACGCCUACCACCGGCGCACUCUGCACGGCGGAGUCCAAUUGACCCUCGGGCUGCUCCGCCUGCAAUACUGGUUGCCACGGGGCAGAGCCGUGGUCAAGCGACGGCUGCGGCAGUGCGUCACCUGCGUCCGCUGGCGCGGAGCCGCCAUUCAGCCCCCCAUGGGCAAUCUUCCGCGGGACCGAGUGACCCCCGCACGCCCGUUCCUGCGGACGGGAGUCGACUACGCCGGUCCCGUCUUCGUCAGGACCAGCAAGGGCCGGGGACAGCGCGCAUUCAAGGCGUUCAUCGCCGUCUUCGUGUGCUUUUGUACGAAGGCAGUGCACCUGGAGCUCGUCUCCGACUACACCUCCGAGGCGUUCCUGGCUGCCUUUCGGAG